AUGGCGCCCCGGACCGAGUUCCCCCCCGUCCGGGCCUGUCUCUUUGACAUGGACGGCUUGCUGCUGGACACGGAGGACCUCUAUACGAAAUGCGUCAACCUCGUCCUCCAAAACUACGGCAAGCCAGAGCUGCCGUGGUCCAUCAAGGCCAAGCUGCAGGGCCGCCCGGGCCACGAGGCCAACAGGAUCUUCCAGGACUGGGCACAGCUGCCCAUCCAGCACGACGAGUACCUCAAGGAGCUCACCGCCCACCAGCGGGAGCACUUCCCCACCGCCCAGCCGCUGCCGGGCGUCGUCGAGCUGCUCGCGAGCCUCGCCAGGGCCGGGCGCGUGCACGUAGCCCUGGCCACCAGCUCGCACUCGGGCAACUUUGCCAUCAAGACGGCCCACCUCGACGACCUGUUUGCGCACUUUCCCGCGGACCGGCGCGUCCUCGGCGACGACCCGCGUCUGCAGCCGGGCCGCGGGAAGCCCCUGCCCGACAUCUUCGUCCUGGCCCUCAAGACCAUCAAUGACUCCCUGCCGGCGGGCGAGGAGCCCAUUGCGCCCGACGAGUGCCUUGUCUUUGAGGACUCGGUGCCGGGCGUCGAGGCCGGGCGGCGCGCGGGCAUGCGCGUCGUCUGGUGCCCCCACCCGAAGCUCAAGGUCGAGUACGCGGGCCGCGAGGCCGAGGUCCUGGCCGGGCGUACCGGUGAGGCUGGAGACGUCGAUCUGCACCAGGUCGGCGAGCUCGGAGACGGGUGGGCAGAGUACAUGGCCAGCCUCGAGUCGUUUCCGCUUGCCAGGUACGGCAUCACUAUUCCUGCUCCGUAG